AUGACAUCGAAAUCUAAGCUGACAGUCGUCCAAAACCAUCUUCCUGUUGUACCAUGUGCGGUGACCGAGCGGACGGUCACGCCGUCCUCGACCAUCUCGACAACCACCAUAACGAUCACGAGCACGGGCUCCGUGAGUGCGAGCGCCGGCUCGCCGGGCGGUGCGUGCGCGUCGUGCGCUUCGUGCGCGUCGAACGCACGCGCUUCCUCCUGCGAGGCGUGCAAAGCGCGCACGGCACGCACGAGACGCGGCCGGUGCGCCGUGCCCUCGUGCGCGGGGAGGGCCAAGCGGCUGAGGCACCUGCCGCCGCGCUGGCACGACCUGGCGCCCGAGCUCAAGAGGCCGCUGCUCGACGAGUUCCAGAUCCCGCCGGACCUGAGCAAGUGCUGCCUCGCGUGCUUCAAGCGGAUCACGCGGCGGCUCGACUCGCUCGGCGGGGCGCCCUCGCUCGGCGAGCCCUCCGAGGAGGAGGCGGGCCGUUUCCGGGCGCUUCUGCGCGAGCACGGCUGCGCGUGGGAGCGCAUGGCGGCCGCCAGCGGCAGGGCGGCAGCGAGCCUGCGCGCGUUCUACUUCACGUACCGCAAGCGGCUGCAGCUGGAUGCUGGUGGAGCUGAGGCGGCUGCGGACAGCGGCAGCGCGGACAGCGACACGGCCAGCGCCGGCUCGCCCCGCCCCCCGCCCCUGCCCGGGCCCAGGACGGACGCGGUGGCGCCGAGGAGGCACCGCCGCGACGAGUACGACUCCUCGGCGACGGAGACCGCCGACGAGGAGAACGACGCGCCCGCCGCCAAGGCGGUACCUUCGACGGCGUCGGCGCCGAUGACUGUCCGCGAUGUGGUCUUGAACAUGAUCGAGGUCAGCCUGCUGAAGAACUCGCGGCCGCCGCCCCACCACGUGGUGCACACCUCGCACGCCACGCACACCACCAAGCCGCCGGCGCACGAGUCGCUGGCCACGCUGACGGUGGUGGGUCCGCACAGCGCGCACGCACACGCGCACGCGCACGCACACGCGCACGCGUCCGGCGCGCCGCGCUCGCCGCGCUCGCCGCGCUCGCCCCACCGGCCGGCCACCAUCACGCCGCUGCCGCCGCCCGACGAGCGGCUCGAGCGGCUCGAGCGCCACGAGCGCCACGAGCCGCUGCUCGACCUCAGCGUCAAGCGGCCCCGCCACGACGCCUUCCCGCACCCCAACAAGCCGCAAACGUGCCGCACGGCCAACGAGUACACGUACCGGGCGCCCGAGCGGGAGUCGCCCACGGGCUACGGGGCGAAGGCGCGGCCGGCGGCGGCGCGCGCGCCCGCCAAGGGCAACGCCAAGGGCUCCAUCACGGCCGGCACGCCGCUCGGCGAGCGCUUCGAGCCCAAGGCGGGCUCCAUCACGGCGGGCACGCCCGUGCUGGGCCCGCACCACGCGGCGCCGCCCGACAAGCGCCCCUUCGACGCCUACUUCAAGCGGCGCAGCCCCGGCGCCUACUACGCGCAGCCGAGGCCGCAGUCGCCGUCGCCCUCGCAGUUCGCCACGCCGUCGAGCGGCGCCGGCGCGGCGGGCGCGGCGGCCGGCGGGGGCGCCACCGGCGGCAGCGGCUACCACCUGGAGCGGCGCCAGAUCAUGCUGACGGACUUCAUCACGUCGCAGCAGAUGCACGGCGCGGCGAGGCGCGGCGCCGACCCGCCGCGCAGGGACCACGACGCGGUCUCCGUCAUCACGCGCCACACGCACGCCCACCCGCACCCGCACCCGCACCCCCACGCGCAUGCGCACGCGCACGCGCACGCGUACCCGCAUCCGCAUCCGCCGCCAGGCCACGAGGCGUUCACGUCGCUGGUGAACGCUGCCUCUGCGGCGCCCGCGCUGCCCGUCCCGCGCGGCUCCCAGCCGGACCCCAAGCCCGAGCCGAAACUGCACCCGCAGCAUCAGCAGCACCAGCAGCAUCCGCAGCACCAGCAGCAUCCGCAGCACCAGCAGCACUCGCAGCACCCGCAGCACCAGCAGCAUACCUACGAACUAAGCAGGCCACAGCGUGACUUCCCAAUGUCGCAGAAGUACCACCAAUCGAUACAAUACCAGCAGGAGAGGGAGCGGCGCACGUUACAGACUCAAUACGAGACGCAGCGGGAACGGGCCCCCCCGCAGCCGAGAGACCGGGCCGGCAUGGUGACGAUACAAGAGCGGCACUACGUGAUAGAGCAGCACCAGCACGCUCAGCACGCGCAGCAUACGCAGCAUACGCAGCACGCGCAGAGCCAGCAACAACACCCGCAGCACGCGCAGCAUACGCAGCACACGCAGCAUACGCAGCCGCAGCAGACGCAGAUGAUGCACGAGCGGCACCACCUGCAGCACCCCGGCGGGGCGGGCGGGGUGGGGGCGGGGGCGGAGGAGCGGCGCCCGGCGCCCUACGGCCCGCCCAAGCACCGCGCCCUGCCCCAGCACCUGCUCGACAGGAAGGACCCGAGAACGACGGUGAGUUGCUCGCCGAGCGUGGUGAGUUCGGCGAGCGUGAGCGUGGUGAGCGCGGGCGGGGGCGGGGGUGGGAUCGCGGGCGGCGCCGUGGUGGGGGCGGGGGCGGCAGCGGCAGCGGGGGCGGGGGUGGGCGCGGCGGGGGAGGCGCGCGGGCUGCCCGUGGACGGAAAGCUCACCGCCGCCUCGCUCAUCAACGCCAUCAUCACGCACCAGAUCAACCAGAGCAGCGACCAGCGUUUUCCGAAGAUACGUGACAACGACGGCAGCAGCGUAGCGUGCAGCGCCCCUCCCCCCUCCAGCGUGAGCGGCGCGCCCCCCGCCGUCGAGAGGGGGCCCACGCCCUCCGAGAGGGAAAGGGAGAGAGAGCGCGAGCGCGAGAGGGAGAGAGAGCGCGAAAGAGAAAGAGAGAGGGAAGAGGUCAGCACGGCGCACACCACCAGCAUCAAGCUGGGCGACCUCGCGUCCAACAUCAUCACCAGGGACUUCUGCAGUCCCACCACCUCCCUGCAACACCAUAACAGUCGGUUCGCGAUAGGCGGCGCCGACGGGUACGGCGCGGUGGCGUGCGGGGCGGGAGGCGGGGCGGGCGGGGGCGGGGCGGGAGCAGGAGGGGCGGCGGGGGCGGGGGCGGGGGGCGCGGACGAGUGGCGCCGCGACGCUCCCAAGCACGCGCCCUACCUCGAGCCCGUCUCGCCGCCGGAUACCCAUCACAACAGGGGCGGCGGCGGACGGCGCUACAGCGGCGUGGGCGUGGGCGUGGGCGUGGGCGUGGCGGGCGGCGUGCUGACCGCCUACGACUACGUGACCAACCGCAUCGUGGAGGUGAUGCGCAGCGACGCGGACGAGCGCGCCAAGCCGCUCCCCUUCCCCACCGCCUACGCGUACCCCUUCUCGGCGCUCAACGUGGCCGCCGCCGCGGACGUGCGGAACGAUGCAGAUAGCGGGAAAACGGACUCGCCGUCGACUAGCGCGAGUGCAGUUAUUGUUGAAUUGUUAUUUAUUUCCUUGUUCCACUGCGAUCGCCCGCCGCGCGGACUUGUGCGCGUAGAUUAUUUUUAUAUAUUUGUAAAGGAGCCGACGGGGGGGGGGGGAGGGGAGGCGCGGCGGGCGAGCGACCUCCAGCCGACCACUGCCACUCUUCCAUCGUUCCGGGGGCGGGGCGCAGCACUUGUCCAUCACUUGCUGCACUGGGUGCUCUCUGUACAGUGUACAGUGUACAGUGUACAUACGGUACGGCCGUCGGCCUUGUACACGCGGGGACGGGCCACCGCCCCGCCCGACCAGCUCUACGCACUGCGCGACUAUUUC